AUGGGGAUUCUGAAAGGUUUGUUAUUGCUAGUGCUGGUAAUUUGCUACGCAUCUUCACAGGUGUACUAUGGACCAGGAGUAGAUGGACGAUGGGGAUAUUAUGUUUAUGUGGGCCCAACUUAUGACUACUCUUUCUUGGAUCCGAAUUACGUUGGAAGACGUUUAGGCUGCAGAGAGGGCUGUGUGAGGAUCAUGUCCGGCUGUUCGUGUAAGGGACCUCCAAGCGGACCGAAUUACAAUUCGGGCUCCGGAUCUGUGAUUGUCACGUCAUGGACACGACCACCCAGGCGCAAACCUAAAAUCCCCCUCUUGUAUUAAAUAUUAUAUUUCUUAUUUCCACCUUGUUUAAGAUAUCUGACUCUUUAUUACUGAUAUGGGUACAGUCUUAAUAAACUAUUUAAAAUAAAA